ACUCAGUCAAAAUGGCGACCGUCAGAGCGAGCACGUUGCCGUCACCGGUAAAAUAUGUACAGAUUGAUGGCCUUGUUGUGCUGAAGAUCAUCAAGCACUGCCAGGAGGAGGGAGCGGGGGGCACGGACCUGGUGCAGGGGGUGCUGCUGGGGCUGGUGGUGGAGAACAGGCUGGAGAUCACAAACUGCUUCCCCUUCCCCAGACACAAUGAGGAGGAAGACUUUGAUGAAGUCCAGUAUCAGAUGGAGAUGAUGAGGAACCUUCGUCACGUCAACAUUGACCAUCUUCAUGUUGGCUGGUAUCAGAGCACGUACUUCGGUUCUUUCAUCAACCGCCCUCUCCUGGACUCCCAGUUCAACUACCAGCACUCCAUUGAGGAGUCAGUGGUACUUAUCUACGACCCCCUGAAGACGACCCAGGGCUUCCUAUCGCUGAAGGCGUACCGCUUGACGCCAGAGAUGAUGGAGUUUUAUGCCAAGGGGGACUUUACCCCAGAGGGCAUCACCAGCCACAACAUGAGCUUUGAGAAGAUGUUCGAGGAAAUCCCCGUGGUGAUGAAGAACUCCCACCUGGUGAAUGCCCUGCUGUGCGAACUGGACGACAAGAAGAUGAAGAGCCAGGAGUUUGCCUUCCUCGAUCUGGCCACCAGCUCCAUGUUAGAAAAGAAUCUUCGGCAGUUGAUGGAGUGUGUGGAUGAUGUUGCCAUGGAUACGAACAAGUACCUGAACUUCCAGCGGCAGCAGUUCAGACAGACACAAGCAAAGCAGGCUCACAUUCUCAAAAGGACACAAGAGAACCAAGUCCGUCAGGCCCGAGGUGAGGCGGCGCUGCCCGAGGAGGACCUGUCAAAGCUGUUCAAGCCGCUCCAGCCGCCACCCCGACUUGACUGCCUCCUGGUGGCGGGGCAGAUCGACAACUACACCAAACAGAUAUCAGAGUUCUCUUCACAGAGUAUUGGAAAGCUAUUUUUAGCAGAAUCUUUACAGGCGCCAAAAUCCAGUUAACAGACUGCGGAGGAUAGAAACUUUUCACAUCAACUAUUUGGGGAUCUAGAAUCAAGAAAACAUUGAAGUUUAGGCUGUUUUAUCAUUGAUCUUUGACCAUCAAACCAUUAUUGAAGUUAGAACACCCAGGGAGGUUGGACAAUCUGUGUGACUUGUCAAGGAGUCUGUCGGGCCUUGUACGGGGCACCCAUGCAUGAAUCAGCACAAACAGCCAGAUAUAGUUUGAUUCUUUCAAAAGAUACUCUUGCUGUUAAAACAGUCUCCCAUGUAAGGUGAUGAAACCUAUAUAUAUGCGUGAUGUUUUCAUGAGGUGUAUGAAUGUCUUGUCUUACAUGGGAAGACGUGUGUUAACAACAGACUAUUUUCUGGACGUCCCAAAAUAUGUUUGGUUGUUUUGCUUUUGUCAUGUACAUUGUUAAGAUAAUACAAAAAAAAUUCUGUAUGGAAAAAUGAAAGUAAAGUAAUCCUAUAAUCA